GGAAUUCUGCAUCCCGACUGUCGCCGAGGACCUGGUAUAAUUUCUUUAGGCCUCCGGGAUGGCCAUCCAAUUCCGUUCACUUUUCCCCUUGGCAUUGCCUGGAAUGCUAGCAGUCCUCGGCUGGUGGUGGUUUUUCUCUCGUAAAAAGCAUGUCAGCAGCCAGGACAGACAGGUGGAGGCCAGCGCUGUGGAGCUGAGGGCUGGCUGUGCCAUCAAAGAGCCACGCCCCAGGGAGGACCCCUGUCCUGGAGUAGUGUCCACGCCCCCCAGCGUCGGACUGCCGGCGGAAAAGGAGCCGUCUACCGUGAGCAAGCCUCCCACAGAGCCCCCAGCCUUGCUGCGGCCACAUCCAACCUGUCGCAGGUCUGAGUCCUCAGGCAGCCUUCCUAACACCACAGACAUGAGAUUUCGACCAGGAACACGCAGAGAUGAGAGUGCAAAGGUGGAGCUAGCCCUAACGGGUGAUGAAGCCGGGUCCGUUCCUCCAGAGUGUCCCCUCCCGACCCCAAAGAGUGUUCCUUUCCCCCACGACGCGGCCGAGGUGUGCAAGCGAGAGUCCCCGUUCAGUGCGACAGGAGGGCGGGGUUGGCAGGGCCAGGCUGUGGCCCCCCAAGAGAAGCCGAGAGAGACUGGGGGGGCCGAAGGCACCGGUGACGCAGUGUCAGGGGAAGGCGUGCUGGAAGAGGGUGUGCUGUCCCUGGAGCCCGACUCUGAAUCGGAGAGCAGCAAGGCGCCCAGCCCCGCUCCCUCGGGAGCAGCGGGGGAGAACGGGAAGGGCAGCCCGCCACAGACGGAGGAGGAGGAGGAUGCGGUGGGGAAGCUGCUGAGCAGCCUCAUCGAAUCGGCUCACACGGAGCUGAUGGAGGAUGACGAGCUGCUGGCGCCACGGGUCAGCGGCGGAGCCUGCCACGCAGAUGGCACAGGGGGGCCAGGCAAAGAGACUGUGGAGCAAACUGAGAAGAUCGAGCAGGCUGCCUACCAGAUCAUCUCCAGAGUGAUCUUGGAGGCAACUGAAGAGGUGCUGGCCACCACCGUGGGCAGGAUUGCGGAUCAGGUGUAUCAGGCUUCAGCUGGUCAGCUCCAAGGGCAGAAGGAGGAGAGCUGUGUGCCGGUCUGCCAGAAACCUGCCCCGGGGCAAGAUGCUGAGGAGCCCACUCCAGCCACCGAGGACUCCGCGGCCUCCGCCACAGACGCCGUGCUCCCCUCGCCACACCUGCCCGCAGAGGACCCGCCACCACCAAAGACCUACAGGAGCUGCCUGAGCAGCCCUCUGUCCAGCCCCACCAAGGACAGGAAGCCAAAGAACUCCACACACCACAUCUCCCUGGCGCCUUGCCCACCUCCAGCCGUCCCCCAGGGAGAGUUGCUAGAUGAAGCCCGAGUCCUGGUGGAAAAUGCCGGAUGCAUCCCCUGCACUUCUGACACCAGCCAGGAGGCCCCUUCAGUGGCCUCUGAGCAGUGCUCAGAUUCCAUCAGCACUUCGGGGCUUGAAGACUCGUGUACAGACACCAACUCAAGCCCCAGGAGCAAGGCCAUCUCCCCGCCGCCGCUGCUAGAAAGUACUGUGCCCUUCAGCAAUGGGGUGCUGAAGGGGGAGCUAUCAGACUUGGGGAAUGAGGACAGAUGGACCGUGGAUGCAGAAGCAGAUCAUUCGGGAGGCUCGGACGGGAACAGCAUGGACUCAGUGGAUGGCUGCUGUGGCCCCAGGAAGACUGACAGUUUCCAGAACGCCCAAGCCGGCUCCAGUCCUAAGAAGGUGGACCUCAUCAUCUGGGAGAUCGAGGUGCCCAAGCACUUAGUUGGUCGGCUAAUUGGCAAGCAGGGGCGGUAUGUGAGUUUUCUGAAGCAAACAUCUGGUGCCAAGAUCUACAUCUCAACCCUGCCUUACACUCAGAACAUCCAGAUCUGCCACAUAGAAGGUUCUCAGCAUCAUGUAGACAAAGCACUGAACUUGAUUGGGAAGAAGUUCAAAGAACUGAACCUCACCAAUAUCUAUGCCCCGCCCCUGCCGUCACUGGCACUGCCUUCUCUUCCAGUGACUUCCUGGCUCAUGCUCCCUGAUGGCGUCACUGUGGAGGUGAUCGUGGUCAACCAGGUCAACGCCGGGCACCUGUUUGUGCAGCAGCACACGCACCCUACCUUCCACGCACUGCGUAGCCUGGACCAGCAGAUGUACCUAUGUUACUCUCAGCCCGGAAUCCCCACCUUGCCCACCCCGGUGGAAAUAACGGUCAUCUGCGCUGCCCCCGGCGUGGACGGUGCUUGGUGGCGAGCCCAAGUGGUGGCCUCCUAUGAGGAAAGCAAUGAAGUGGAGAUCCGCUACGUGGACUACGGUGGAUACAAGAGAGUGAAAGUGGAUGCGCUCCGGCAGAUCCGAUCUGACUUUGUGACUCUGCCAUUCCAGGGAGCAGAGGUUCUUCUGGACAGCGUGAUGCCCUUGUCAGAUGAUGACCACUUUUCACCUGAAGCAGAUGCAGCCAUGAGCGAGAUGACCGGAAACACAGCGCUCCUGGCUCAGGUGACAAGUUACAGUCCAACUGGCCUUCCUCUCAUUCAGCUCUGGAGUGUGGUUGGAAAUGAAGCGGUGUUGAUAAACCGGUCGCUGGUGGAGCGAGGCCUUGCUCAGUGGGUAGACAGCUACUACGCGAGCCUCUGACCCCCGUCCCCCACAGACGCUUCUGGAGUCUUUAUACACUGUUGAAAUUGGGCUUGGCGCUGAGGCAAAGACGUUACAUCAGAAUAACAAACGUUAUCUUCCCCA